AUGAGUCUGACCGCUGCAGGGGCGAUCGGCGAGCACACUGUGCCCAGCGAGAAAGGUCUUAGCACUAGUGACAACUCGUUCGAUGGAAAAGGCGACGUUGAAACUGCAACAGUUGAUGCUGACUCGGACAGCGAGGAAGGCGUGCUCUCCAACGAACGUGAUAUUGCUACGCACGUCAUCUCGGUGGACGACGACCCUUCUCUGAACCCGUGGACAUUCCGUGCAUUCUUUAUUGGUCUUGGCCUCUCAACCUUUGGUGGAGUACUCGCGGAAAUCUAUUAUUUCAAGCCUCAAACGGUUUAUGUGUCAUUGAUGUUCCUCGCGGUUGUUUCUUAUAUCCUGGGCAUCUUCAUGGAGACCUUUAUUCCUCGUCGCGGACUCCUGCGCUAUCUGAACCCCGGACCGUUCAACAAGAAAGAAAAUGCUUUCGUUGUGAUCAUGGCAAGCGCCUCUGCUAACUCCGCCUUAGGUACCGAAGUUCUUGCUGUCCAGCGAUUGUAUUACAAUAUCACGCCCAAUGCCGGUGCCUCAGUGCUCCUACUCUUCUCUUCUCAACUUCUUGGUUAUGGAAUUGGUGGCAUGAUGAGAAGCAUCCUGUUAUAUCCAUCAAAGAUGUUAUACCCCGGUGUGCUACCAUUGCUGUCCAUGUUCGAUGCUCUCUACGAGGGCGGGAUGACAGCACGGAAAAAGCUCAGAGUCUUUUACAUUGUGUUUACUGCUAUCUUUUUUUGGGAGCUUUUCCCAGAAUGGAUCUUUCCGCUUCUGACCGGGUUGUCGAUUAUGUGUCUUGCAGCUCCCAACAAUGCCGCCGUCUCGCGAGUGUUUGGUGGUACAAACGGUAACGAGGGUCUAGGGCUCCUGUCUUUCUGCUUUGACUGGCAAUAUAUUUCUGGCGGGGUGAACCCUAUGACUAUCCCGCUCAAAGCACAGUUCGCGAAUUUACUGGGCUACCUCCUUUGCAUGGUUGUGUUUGCGGCUGUAUAUUACAACAACAUCUGGAAGGCCCAGAACUUCCCAUUCCUUUCUCAACUCUUGUUCUAUGAAAACGGAACACAGUACAAUCAAACACUCAUUCUCAAUUCCAACUAUCAAGUCGAUCCCACACUGCUUGCUGAACAAGGAAUACCUUACUAUUCCAGCACUUGGAUAGUCAACUUGCUUUCCUCAAAUCUGGCAAGUCCACCAAACGCUUUGGCGGCCACGUUUACUCAUCUUCUCCUCUGGAACUGGGACGAUAUAUGUUUUGCAUGGAGUUGGAUGAAUCCGUCGGGCAUCAAAAAAUUAUGGGCGAAUUUUGACUGGAAGUUCUGGCGAGCCGACGGAAUGCGGGAGCAAGACGUCGAUGAUGAAGAUAUCGAUCCCCACUACAAGCAGAUGCUGAAGUACCCCGAUGCUCCCAAUAGCUGGUACUUCGUCGUUUUUCUCCUGUCCUUCGUUGUUGCCCUGGUCGUUUUAUACAAGACCAAUUCGACCUUGCCAUGGUGGGGCUUCCUUAUCUCGCUCUUGCUGGCGACGAUUUCUAUUCUAUUCUUCUGUGCACUCGCCGCGAUUACAGGAUUGAUGUUUAUCAUCCAGCCGUUUGUCCAGAUGAUUGGUGGUUACCUUCACAAGGGGUUGCCAGUGGCAAAUAUGUACUUUGUUCUGUACGGAUCCAACUCUGUCACCCAAGCCAAUCUAUUACUCCGCGACCUCAAGAUUGCUCAGUAUGCAAAGCUGCCACCUCGCGCUGCAUUUACCGCCCAGAUUCUUGGCACGCUGCUUGGUGCCGUCUUGAACUUCAUCAUGAUGAAUUCAAUCAUAGAUAACCAACGUGAAAUCUUGUUAUCUGUUCAAGGAACCAAUAUCUGGUCUGGCCAACAGCCACAGAUGUACAACUCUCAGGCAAUUGCUUGGGGUGGACUCAGUCACGAGCUCUUUUCCGCAGGCCAGAGAUACCAAUGGGUUGCUUGGGCUUACGUACUCGGACUUUUCAUACCUGUUCCUUUCUGGGUCAUUCACAGGUACUGGCCAAAGCUUCGUGCUGAUUAUCUUUAUACUCCAAUUAUCGCCUAUUUCAUUGGAUGGCUUUGUGUUGGGAUCAAUUCAUCUACUCUCUCCUACUUUGCUGUCGCAUUCCUCUCGCAAUGGUGGCUGCGUACGCGCUACCCUCGCUGGUUUGCCAAAUACAACUACAUCAUCGGAGCUGCCCUUGACGGAGGCAGUCAAGUCAUGGUGUUCAUCCUCUCGUUUGCGGUGCAAGGCGCUGGUGGGACCUCUCACUUGUUCCCUGCAUGGUGGGGCGCGAACCAAGGAGGUAAUUAUGACCGCUGUCUCAUGUUGAACUGAGAGUAGUAAUCAUCGGGCAACUGUGGGAAUUAUGGCAUGUAUCAUCACUAAGUGGCUUGUAUCCAUUGUAUUUAAGUAUAUUGAUCAUAUAAGAGAAUGUACUGUACAUAUGCAUGGUGCAGCACUCUUUCCACGCCUU